AUGGAUUUCUUUUUUUGUCUACCAAUCAUUUUUGGCUGCCCCACAAAAGUUAAGCCAGAAGGGAAUCAAGCAGCCAGAAUAUGUCCUCGGUGCCAUAACGCUGCAAUGUUCUCCGCAAAGUCCAGGACCUGGUUCGAGCUGUGCUUCGUCCCACUCAUUCCUAUGAACUCGAAGCAUAUCUGGAUGUGCGGGAUAUGUCAGCUUGCAGGUGAAUAUCCAGCCUGGCCUCAGAUUGCUCAACCUGGGUACCAGCACCCGCAACUGCAGGGUCAGUAUGGGCCGCCUCAGAACGCUGGAUACCAGCCUGGUUACAUCCAACCCCAGAAGUGA